AUUUUAAGGCCCAUAUAUUAUCUAUUAGGGCACUUUGGUGAUUUUAAAACCCAUCCCUUUUCGCGGAAAGCAACUCUGUCUCUCCUCUCGAUCUCUCACCCCUUGCUCAGAGAUGGCCAAGUCGAAGAAUCACACGGCGCACAAUCAGUCUGCCAAGGCGCAUAAGAACGGAAUCAAGAAGCCAAGGAGGCACCGUCACACCCCAACCAGAGGAAUGGACCCUAAGUUCCUGAGGAACCAGAGGUAUGCAAGGAAGCACAACGUCAAGAGCGGCGAGAAUGCUAGUGUUGAAGAAUAGAUCUUUUGAUCGUCUUCUGAUUGACAUUUUGAGGUUCUUCAUCUUAUGAAAUUUAUGACUUUUUUCUUCUUAAGACAAAGGAACCAAUGUAAUAUCAGUGAUUGUUCAUUUCAGAUUCUCUUAUCUUGCGAGUUACUUGAUUUUGAUACAAUUAUUUUCACUUGUUCGUU